AUGGCGCGCGCUGCGGUAAUCCCACAAUCCCCUACAAAACGGGUACGAUCUUCAACCAAAUCGACAGCUGCUGCCGACGCGAAGAAGAAAGCCCCUCGAAAAGCAACACCAGUACCACGGACUGCGCCCCCGGCUCUCGAUGUUGAGUCCGAUGAUGAGCUGGGAUGUAUCACAAGUAAACCAGCGAAACCCAGUGGACGCCCUCCUGGUCGCCCAGCUACCAAACCAAGAGUGACUACAACUGCGACUGCCCGAGGAAAGAAGGCCUCGGAGUCUCUCACCGACAAGUCAAAACCCCAAAACAACGCCGGCGAAGAUGGACUAGGACAACAAAUUGAGGCGCCAAAGAAGCGCGUUGGAAGACCGAGAAAAACUCCGCUGCCCGCAGAAGCUGUUGCGGCCAAGCCUGAGGCAGCACCCAAAGCCAGGGGACGACCAAGAGCGGGAACAACAGUGAAGGCCCCUCAGAUCCAAACGGCGGCCACGAGCAGGCGGACGCGAGCGGUACCUGACGUAGUGAAUGAGACGAAACCGAACCAUAUUAGAAUUGCGACCAACUCGACAACCAUGCGCUCAAAUCUUCUGCGUGGACCCGCUAGGAAGAAGACCGUGAAAUUCCAGGAUGUCUCGGAUUCUGAAGCCGAGGAAUCUGUGCCCGAGGUUCCUGCUGUCGGCCGUCGACGAGUAGCGACCAAGGGAGCGAGCGUUGGAAAGACCGGCCUCGGAGCGUCCGCAGUUCGGAAGCCUGCGACAACCGGUACUCGCGGAAGGAAGCCAGCUGCAGCGAAGAAAGAUGCGACUCAACCAUUAUCUCCCAAAAAGGCCAAGCAGGUAGCCAAGUCUCUAUCAGCAUACGCAAGCUCCGACGGAGAAGAGGAUGAAUUGAACACCAUCAAGGACAAAAAUAAUGAUCCGCUCAAACUUGUUGUUCACUCACCUGUUAAGCAUGGCUUGGAGAAUACUGGACUGAGCUCUCCUGUACGGAGGAUCAACUUUACUCCCAAGAAGGCGUCCAGCUUCGUGGACGAGAAUGGCGAACCGAAACUACCGACACCAAAACACGGAUCAGACGGCAUCGGGCUUAGCUCACCAGUCAGGAAAAUCAACUUUGCGCCGAACCGCAGCCAGAACGCAGUCACAGAUAAUGGUCAUCUCGCUCUUCCACCUGGCAAUUCAAUUGAGUUUAGUGAUUCUAUGUUCAUGUCGAGUCCUGCGAGACGGCCAGCGCCAUCAUCUCCCUUCCAGUUCUCCAUGAGAGAGACCCCGAAUCGUGGGGGUUCCCUCUUCCGGGACAGUGUGAAUGCGAUCUCCGCACCUGAUUUCACACCCGGACGCACUUCUCCACUCAAGAUGUCACCUAAGAAGGGUGGUUAUUUGGGUGCUUCUCUCUCGCAAUCGCCAUCCAAGGCUUCUACAUCAGCAGCCCCUGCUCGAACUCCCUUGUUUCAAAGUCCCGCAAAGAGAAUAGCCUCUCCAUUCAAAAACUCGAUAUUCUCUGCUCAUGCAUCUGUGGGCACAUGCAUGCCUACGGAAAAUGAUGGAACCCCUUCCAAGGGAGUUGAAUUCCUACAAUCCACCACCCCCAAAUCAUCGCCAAGGGAAAGCCAAUACGACGAUACGGCUUUUGAAAGGGAUUCUGAAAUGGUCGAGGAUGUGGCUCGAGACAUUUUUGGCAUUGAGCUAUCUUCUGAUGGAAAGUCAUCAUCAAUUUCUCCCACACAGAAAAAUAUUGCUGCCUCGGAAGUAGCGCAGGACUCAUUCGAUCAUGGAAACACUGACUCUCUCCCCGCGGAAAUGGAGGCCGAGGGAGAAUCUGACCUGGAAGAAGACCAGACUGAAGAUGUUCAAGAUAAGGCUCAACUCGAGUACGAAGAGCCUGAAACGAUUUGUUUCGACACCAUGGAAGAGGCCAAUAUGGCAACAGAGGAGUUUUAUGAUCAAGAGCCUCAGGAAGACUUAGGCCCCGGAGCUCGCAAGCAACCCGAAGACCAGGGCCAAUUUGACCGCGAAGAAGCCGAUACUAUUUGCUUCGACGCCAUGGAAGAGGCCAAUGUGGCAUUGCAUGAUAUUCAUGACGAAGAAGUCCAGGAAGCCUCAGACCAAGAAGAAGGCGGUGAUGUCCAAGACGAGAGCGAAUUUGAGUACGAGGAGCUUGACACAAUAUGCUUUGACGCCAUGGAAGACGCCCAACUGGCAGCUCAUGACCUUCACGACCAACAAACCGACGAAGCCUCAGACAUAGAAGACGGUGAAGAUCUCAACGACACUGAAUCUGAGUAUGAGGAGAUUGAAACAAUUUGCUUUGACGCCAUGGAAGAUGCACACUCCAGAGAGAAUAACCAGCUUGACGAAGAAGAUCAGGUGGCAGACUCAGUCAUGGAAGACACGAAUUAUCCUGACGAAGAGCUGGCGGCACUGGAGCUUGAGAUUGAGGAGGAAGAGACUCAAACUUUUGAUACGGGAUCCCAGGCCCAGGAAUUGACCCCGGAACCCUCGCAAACUACGGAUAUGAAAGAAUUAGACAUGGUUGAGCAGCAGAAUGAACUUCAUCUGCCCUCCAGGUCACCAUUGAACUCAAUCCAUGGAGACGAAGCCCAGUCAACGCUCGACAUGGAAUAUCCUUUGGACAGUGACCGUGAAUGGCAAGAAGAGGCCAUUCAUAUUCCCGAGGAAGAGGAACAAGUGAUGGACCAGGAGAGCGAGGUGGAAGAUACUGAGUCUAUCCUGGCCGGGUCUGAGUUUGCUACAAUCUCGCCAAAGCCUGCUUCACCACAUGAGAGCAACGACCUUGAGGAUAUUGCAACACCGCUUCAAAGAACUCAAGCGAUUACUUCACCACAGCCGAAGUCCACAGGCGGUGAAUCUACUCCCUUGUCCUUGAAUCGCCCAGACAACUCAGAGAAUGAUCAUGGCUCCACCCUCGAUUCCAAGAAUGCCAAGAAUGUGAUCAUUGACACGCCCCUGCAUGAAGAAAAUAGCUUGGCGCCAAACACUCAGGUUGAUAGUCCUGCUUUAAUGGCACCAAGUCUCUUCAACACACCAAGCGUUCUUGACCAGCACCAAUCCCGUGCGGAGGCUAGCUUAGGUUUUACGCCAUUGGCACAAAAGUUUGGCCGUUGGGAACAAGAUACCCCUUCCCAAGCUAGAUCACUCCGACCGCGUCGCCGCGGAGUUUUCUCGUUAGUAGGCCCCUUGGACCGCACCAACACGGAAACUCCGACAAAUUCUGAUAGUGUGUCGUAUCCUAAUUUGCCAAAGAGCCCUUUGACACAAACUCCCUCUUUGUUUGCCGAAUUGCCACUUCAGCCUCAAAGCGAUGCUACUUGCAUGAGCCCCGAGUAUGAGCGGACUCCACGGCCAUCUUCCAUAUAUGAAGACCACCGAAUAAUUGACUCCCCAAGGUCAACCACGGAUAUCUUCGAGGAUCUUGACUUGGAGAUUGAACCGGAGCAUAAUCCUGCUGCUGAAGUCCCGCAAGAUCAGGGUCAAGAGUUAGAUCUACUCGAUGACAAAGAGAACUGUGGUCCGGUCUUCCCGUCAACUCCAAUGAAGGCUCAAGUCCAACCCGACGAAUUACGCACUGUUCAUACAGUGUCAAAAGUGCCUUUGAAAGCCGAAGGCGAGGUAUCACCUCUUAAGCUGUCCCGCAAGAGAGGUCUGUCCCUCUCGAGCACAUCCCCCACUCGGUCUUCUCCGCGUGUUCGCAAGCCAACCUUGAUGGCACUCAAUGAUAGUGCACCGAUUUUGUCUCCCUCCCGGAAAUCUCCACGGGUGAGCAGAAGUCCGACACCCAAACGCCGGUCUAUCAUUGGUAGACGCAGCAGCGUAAAGGUACCAGUGAUGGCUGCGCCCAGUACUCCUACCGCAACCGCCAGUCCUUCCAAGAAGCCGCGUCGUAACAUCAGCACUGAACAGAAGGCUCUCCACGGCGCCGUCGUGCAUGUGGAUGUUCAUACCACCGAGGGCGAGGAUGCCUCUGGUAUUUUUGUGGAACUUUUGCACCAAAUGGGCGCCCGGUGUGUGAAGUCCUGGUCCUGGAACCCUCAUUCCAGUCUCUCGCCAGUUGAUGGUGUAGAGCCCAAGGACUUGAGAGUUGGCAUCACCCAUGUUGUGUACAAGGAUGGUGGCCUACGGACUCUGGAGAAAGUCAAGAAGGCCGCGGGUCUCGUCAAGUGUGUUGGAGUUGGCUGGGUUCUCGAUUGUGAACGGGAAAACCAAUGGCUCGAUGAAACCCCGUAUGCGGUCGACAGCUCUAUUAUCCCACGUGGAGGUGCCAAGCGCCGCAAGAGUAUGGAGCCUCGCGCACUCAGCAAUGUGAACGGAACACUCGUGCGCAUUUCCGAAUCUCCCGCGCCAUCUCCCGGCGGUCGUCGCAGUGGUGUCAAUCCCGGUGCCGUUGAGGGUUUCCGCAAGAUCACACCCCCGACCCACCAGCAGAAGAUGCCGUCCACACCCCCACAACAAUCUUCUACUGAUAGCUACCAAUUCCCUGCUACUCCGGGAUACAACUUUGCCAACCUUGAUGCCAUUGGCAUGUCACCCGCUACACCAGGAUUCCUUGGAAAUCGCUCCAAGCUUGUUCAGCAAUCUUGCCCCCCAAAGCAGAGCAACCGAGGUUUGUUCCCGAGUGCUAAGCCUUCUAGUAUCCUGCUGGACGAGGGACAAGACGAAGAAUCCAGGAGACAGCGCCGCUUCCGUAUGGAGGCUGCCAGGCGCAAGAGUCUCGUAUACAAGCCUGCUGUCGGUAGCCCUCUUGUUCCUUGA